AUGCGUCCUUCUACAAUAGAAUUAAUCAAUGAACUGGAACCUAGUGAUAAUUGGUUAUUUUUCGAUUCAAAUAAUUCGGAAUAUAUCAAAUUCAUUUUGGAAUUAAUUUCUGUGAAGCAAUUUAGAGAAAUACUGCAACCCAAAGCCAUAAAAGGCUAUUUCCAGAGAUCUUUUGCUGAAUUAUUGUUUAAAUAUAAUUAUCUUUCACAAACAGACGUCAAAACGUGCGGAAAUGCUUGGAUCCAAUUCCUUCUUGAUGUUUAUGAGGGAGAAUCAUUGUAUUCCAUGAAUGAAAAUCAAAAUAAAAUUUCAAAAUUAUUAAUUCGAAAUGCAAUGGAAAAUUUCCUUCAUAUAUGCAAAAACCUUGUUUUAUUUGGUCCUUACACAUGCAUCCUAUACAUCUGGAAUGAGAAAAUCUGCCAAAAUUCAGAAGAAGAAAAAUCUAAACUUAAUUACUUCCCAAUAUCCAUUCCGUUUAUACCAGAAAAUCACCUGGCUGUUGAUCCUAAUAAUUUAGAUCCAAUUGUUGAUUUAUUUGAGCAGGGUUACAAAGAUAUCUUAAUUUACGCAUACCUUUCAGAAUUCCAUACAAUAUUCGUCAACUUCCUUGAUGAAUUCCCUACUGUUGAUGAUUUCCACAAAGAUUAUACGGAAAUUAUCCCCAAAAUUAAAACGAGAUUAAUAUCUCAUGAUUAUUCAGACCAAGCUCUAAGUAAUUUCAUAGAUUUCUUCGUGAGAUACUUCCCUGAUAAUGAGUUAGGUAUUUCUCCUCAAGUCGAAGAAGAUGUUUCGAACAAAACAGGAAUAGAUAUCAAAUUCUUCAAAAAGAUGAAUCCAAAUUACAAUUUAGAAGAAGAGGAAUUGGAAGAAAAGAGAAACAAAGAUGAAUUUGUUGAAAUGUUUAGUGACGCCAGAUUCCCAUUAAAUGAGUAUUACCGACAAAACGUUGGUUAUACAUUUAAGACUAAUCUGAACUUUAAAGUCGAUGACGAACCUCCAGACUUCGGAUGA